AUGAACCGAUUACAGCUUUUUGGUACGUCCAAGUAUUUCUCGUUAUCUUCAAAGGACACUACUUCUGAGAUUCCAAAAAAGCAUGAACGCAAAACCUCAUCAAGGAAGCAUGGAACCAGAUGCCCGGACUCCACAGAGGUGCAGGAUGACAGUUUGCAUUUGUUAAAUUUGCCAUUCAAAAUCUUGACUCAAAUACUUGAAUGUUUGGACGUUUCUACUCUUCUUUCUUUAUGCAGAGUGAACUCACAGCUAUAUGAUAUUAUUUCUAAUCGCUUCCUUUAUCAAGAUGUUGUCUUAGAUAAUAAACUAUCAUUAUUGAAAUUCAAUGCCCUAAUUCAUUCAGAAUUUCAUAGCGCAAAUGCAUUACUAGGCAGGAAGGAGGAGUCAAUCGAUUCUCAGAACAUAAGAUUUUUAGUUAAGGCUAUUGAAUUCAGCAAUCCCCAGUGUCAAGAUGCUCUACUGAAAUACGGAAAGUUUCAUAAUAGGAAAGGGCAGGCCUCCGUUAUCGGUGGCUCGUACGUGUUCAAUAACGAAAGUCGGACAGUUUCCAGUAAUUCAAGGUCUUCUUCCCUAACCAGAAAGCAAUCAAAUUCGAAUAGCAACUCAUUUCUUGGCAGUACUAACUACAUUGUACCGCAGGACACGAGCCAUGUCCCACCGUUUGAGUGUUACAAACAGUUAAACAAGCUGGAAUCACAAUAUAGCCAUUAUACGUAUAUUGAGCUGAUGCUUGCUAUUAUAGAUCAUCUUCCUAAUCUUUGCCAUGUCAGACUCACGAAUGUGGAACCGAAUUUUAAGAUUCCUUUAUGGUACUCAGUGUUUAAUGAUGGAUCGAGGGAUUUUUUCAAAAAGAUUAUAAAUGGUCAGCAAUCCAUCAACAGUGGUGAUCUUCGUAGUUUUGAGAUAUCCACAAAAUUUAUUGCUGAUUAUGAGAAGAAAUUUUACUCCCUAAGUAGAAUUAAAACUUUAGAAAUAAGAGCGACUCUGGAUAAAAGGAAUAAACAACAGGUUUAUUUAAGACCUAACCUAUUAUGUUGCUUUGGAAUAAUCAAUGAACUGAUUUUGCAAGAUUUGAUCAUUGACAAUGAUUCUCUUGAUACCCCUCUGGAAUAUGUCCCGUUUCAUUUACGUUUGGAUGCGCCUGGUGUGUAUGACUUGCAUUCGACAGUUCACUUAUUGACUUUGAAAUCCUGCAAGAUAAUCCCAGGAAAUGGUAUAUUGAAGCUCUUUCACGAUUAUUUCAAAUGUGUGAGGAAUGUGAAACUUUUGAACUUUACCAGCAAGUACGACAUGCUAUUGUGCAGCUGUUUCUCGUCACUUACAGAUUUGACGAUAGACUGUAACAGUCCAUGCUUUAUCAACCAGCAGCUAGUAAGCGAUAAUUAUUACUAUAACGAUGAUAUUCCAAAUUCCGAAGUUGACAGUGAUAGCGAUUGCGCAUCAUUCACAGAAACUUUAUUUGAAGAACCAGUUGACAUAUGCCUACAGGCACCGCCGCCUACGACUGCGGUAGUUAUCUCCCUGAAUUUGAACUACCUACCAAGAAUUCCAUACGGACAAAAUAAAAAGCGUCAAGCAUACAUUACCAAAUCUCAAGACGAGUAUUUUCACCAAUUGCGAAUACCGUCAUUCCACUACUUUUAUCACUAUUUCAAAAAGCUGUGGGAUAGAUUGCCCCGUAAAAAUAUUAAUAUAAGCGUUGUAAAUAUUCCUUUUACAAAUGUCUUCCCCUUGUCACCACAAUAUUUUUGUGAAAAAACGAUCAGGUCUCUAGAUGAUGAUCAGCAGACACUAAUACCAAGCUAUAAUGAGAAUAACGCUGUGCCGGAAACCGUUUCAACUCAAAACUAUUGGGAUGGCGCAGUUCGAGAAUGUUUUAAGAACUGUUUACUACAGUUUCACGAAAACCAACCGCAGUCCGAUUUGAUGGAGUCGGAGAUAUUGGGUCAAAUGGAUAAUGGUUUCUUCAACAAUUAUAAAAAUUCUAAAUGCUUUCAAGAUAUACCAAAUACAAACCUUUGGUGCUUUUUGAAGUCUCUGUCUGAAUUCAAAUCCGUGCACAUACAAAUGCUCAGAAAAUGGCUUUUUUGCACACCUAGAUCGAGAUACGACUGGGAACUUUUGUUGAAACCUGUUUUGAAUGUCAACGUGCCUAUCGAAGUUCGAGACAGAGAUGGAGUCAUGCUAUACUCUUAUGGGACAAAACGAAUGACCAAGCGUUAA